UUGCUCCACAUCCAACACGAUGAACUCGUACGUCCAGAAACAGCCUCGAAAAUCCCAUCGAAAGUCUCGCUUUGGUUGCGAAGACUGUAAAAGACGCCGCCAAAAGUGUGAUGAAAAAAAACCUUCAUGUACGAACUGUGUGCGUCGUUCGACUGAAUGUGUCUACGUCUCAAGAAAACCGGGUUUACUGUCAGCAGAAGGCAACAGCUCUGCGGAAUCAAAUGUUUCUCCAGAUGUGCAUCUUGAAAAAAGCUUCACAUUUAUCUCAUCAUCGCAGCAGAAUUUUGAGCCGCCAAAAAGGGGGAAUUCCAAGACCCAGUUGCCGCUCGUAGAGCAGGCAUCAUCUGGUAAACCAUGUUCGACUGUAGGCGUGAAGCCAUUCGAAUUCACAGCCAUAGACAUGGGGCUAUACCACCAUUUUAUGAGCUCACCAGACCUGUCUGCCAGCCAGCCUCACCUGCAAAUCCAACUCUGCCGGUUAGGCUUCUCAUUCCACUACGUUCUCCGUCUCCUUCUCGCAUUCUCUGGUUUUCACCUCGCACGGAACCCAGGAACCACGACAUUACAGCAAAUGAUGGACCCAGGAGUCGACUUUUACGCUGAAGCAGAACGGCAUUACGAGACGGCCGUUUGUGAAGUCGCAGCUGCAGUGCCUUGCUUGGGUAAAGAGAACGGCCAUGCUCUGUAUGCCGCUGCUCUGUUUAUCUUCCUUUGCUCUAUCGCCAAAGGCCCUCGACCAGGGGAGUAUUUGGCUUUUCGCACCCAUGGCCAGGCGGGCUGCUUGUCGCUUUUUCUCGGGGUUCGGUCGGUGCUGGAAACAUGCACCGGUCUUCUCUCUCUUGAUAUCUCUACGGUGCAUUCUGGGGAUUCCGAAGACGUGCCUCACUCGGACACCAGCCACGGACAACUCAACAGUCAGCUGGGUCGAGUUGAAUCCGAAUAUGCCAAACAGCUGGAGCAGCUCCGAGGAGUGGUAGCAGCUUCAUAUCAACCCGGCCAUCCGGCAUAUCCGAGCUACUCCCAGGCAUUGCAUCGGCUCGAAGAAACGUAUCAUUCGCUAUACAGUGAUGAUCUCCCGGUGAAGGAUGCCGAUCUCUGGCCAUGCAUCUUUAGCUGGCUUUAUACGUUGCCGGACAUAAUCAUGGACGACUUGCAGCGUCGUCAGCCGACUGCUUUGGUGGUCUUUUCUUAUUUUACGGUCUUGUUGAAACGGGUUGAUUCGGCUUGGUUCAUUCGUGAUUGGCCGCAGCAUAUCAUGCGUGGUAUCUAUCAGUCUCUUGAUGGCUACUAUGGGCAGUUUGUCGAGUGGCCUUUACGACAGGUGGAGCUGUCAGCAUAGGUUCUGUUCUAUUGUAUACCAAUACUCGUUAGAUACCCAAAUUGAAGUUUCGUUUAUCC